AUGGCCCAGAUCGUCCUGAGACAUCUCAUAGACACGCCGGUGCGCUACCAGGGCCAGUUCGAGGCGCGGGGCCUGGAGGACUGCCGGCUGGACCACGCUCUGUACGCUCUGCCUGGGCCGACCACCGUGGACCUGGGACAGGCCCGGGCGGCCCAGGCGCCUCUGGGGGACCCCGCGGCGGAGACGCCCCCUGAGGAGAGCGGAGCCCGCUUCCAGAUCCUGCUGGACGUGGUCCAGUUCCUCCCCGAGGACAUCAUCAUCCAGACCUUCGAAGGCUGGCUGCUGGUCAAGGCUCAGCAUGGAACCAGGAUGGACGAGCACGGCUUUGUCUCCAGGAGUUUCACCCGGCAGUACAGGCUGCCCGAGGGCGUCGAGACCAAGGACCUGGCGGCCAGCCUCUGCCACGAUGGCAUUUUGGUGGUGGAAGCGAAGGGUCCGGGCGCCAAGUGAGCGCCCCCCGCCCCGGGGAGGGCACGAAGGUCGCAACUCGGCCGGUGAGGUGCCAGGAGUUGGUGGGACCCGCGUCCGAAAUGGUUCUUAUGAAGAUUUAAAAUACAGGCAUGCUUCCCGGUAUGUUGAGCUUGACUUCCUUUCUUUUUAAAAUUCUCAC